AACCCUGUCCUACUUGUGCUCAACCUUUUCAGUUUUCAUAUGUAUAUUCUCUCCUCUUCUCUUCUCACUCCUUUAGUCAAGGAGGUCCGUCUCCUUGUUUGCGAUCACCCAAACCCUCUCUUUUCUCUACCAAAUUCCUCUUCCUGUACGGUCUGCUCUGCUUAAAUUCAAUCCUGUAUCUGCUGAAUUCCGGCUUUUUCAAAGGUUUUAGCUUCUGGGUCUCUGCAUUCUUGGUGGCAUAUUUGCUUUUUUCCCCAGGGUAUGAUCAGUGGGCUGGAUAAUGGGAUUUGGUUAAGUAGAACGUAAAUUGGCUAUUGUUGAUGAACACCAAUUGACAUAAUUUUCGUGCAAUCUCGAGGCUUGACCAGAGAAGAAGCACUUCACCGUAAACAUUUUGAAUGUAGUAAGCAAAGAUGACGUGUCACGCGUUGUGUUUCCUUUGGGCGAGGGGAUUAGUGUCGAGUAAUUUGUUUUCUCUUUGUGUAGUUCGUGAAGUGCGAGGUUGACACGUUAUAUCUUCAAUUGCAUUUGGAAGUUGAUUACAAUCUACAUUCAUGGAUAAAAUGGACACUUCUAAUGGCAUAGCAUGGUUUGGGAACAUUUUCCAGAAGUUUGAAGAUAUGUACCAUGAUGUGGAUGAACUAGUGAAGCAGGCUGAAAGCCAGUUGGUGACAGUGGGUGCCAAUGUUAAAAACUUUUUUGCAGAGUUAGACUUAAUAGGAGAUGCAGUCCCUCAAUCUUCGGUGGAUAAAAAGCCAGGGGCUGCUCCUGGUACAUCUGUGGUACAGAAGACUGAUGAUGCAGUCAGUAUAAAGUCACUGGAGGGCACUGAUGGAGGCUGUGGUGAUGGAGUCCACAUAGGUUCUGUGGAAUCUGUUAAGAGCGUUUCUUCUGGUUUAUCAUUGGAACAAGUUAGUGAUAAUCAGACACCUGACAAGAAAGAUUCAAUCAAUGCUAAUCAAGAAAUUGGAUUGGAUAUUGGAGCCAAAUUGUUAAUUCCAGCCUCAGAUGAUGUAGGAGAGUGUAACUCUUUCACGGAGGCAGAGGACAGAAGUACAAACCUUGUCGAUAUGUCUUCAAAAUUUUCAGAUGAGAAGAAAGACUCGAGCAAUGCAAAUGAAGAAAUUGGAUUGGACAGUGGAGCCAAGUUGUUAAUUCCAGCCUUGGAUGAUAUUGGAGGGUUUAACUCUUUCAUGGAAACAGAGGACAGAAGUAGAAACCUUGUUGAUUUGUGUUCAAAAAUUUCAGAUGACAUGCGACUCUCUAACGCUCUUGAAAUGGAUAUUCUCUGUAAGAAAAGCACUGCAGGUAAUACUGCAGCUAAUUUGCCCAUAUUUGCAACAGAGCCCGAGGGGCUUGAACUGUAUGAUAGUUCUAGUUGUGAUGAAUCAGAGACAACCAUGCAUUUUCCCGGAACUGAAGAGCCAGACAAUGAUGUUACCGGCUCGGGCUUGCAAACUUUGGGAUCAUUGAACAAGGUGGAGCUUGGUGAAAGUUGCAUUGUAGUAGACUGUACUGAACUUGAAUGCAGUUCUGGUGAAGCUGUUAAGCGCAGGUCUUACAAGAAAAAAUUGAGGGACGCAUUUGUUUCAAGAAUGAGACUGUUGAAGAAGCAGAAUAAUGAUGAACUGAGGAACAGUUUUGCAACACUCACACUCCCUGAGAAAUCAAAUUCGCCUGAUUAUGAAUUUUUUGAAUCCGACUGGGAAAUUGUUUAGAUAAGAGUAUCAUCACUCUUCAUAUGAAGUCUAUUCACAUCAUCCUGCCUCCAAUAUCUUGUAGAGUUGAAAAGACUGAGGCCUUCAAAAGGCUGUAAUUAUGCUUCCAUUUACAUAGUCCCAAAUUCCCAAUGCAAUUUUCUCUCUGAGUUUUGAACUAAUUGUUCAUACAGGGUUCAAUAUGAAUGAAUUUCACAUUUAUAUUUUAUG